CUCAAGGAAGCAGUUCACAAGACAUAUGGAGAGCCGCAUGACCAAUCAGGAAAGAACUCUGAGCAUUCUACUGGAACAAGCCAUGAAGACCAGGGACGAUGUGGUGACUGGUCUUCGUGCAACUCAGGGUUCAGUCCUGAUGGAGUCGUCUGCAAGAAAACUACUGGAGAAUCACAUUCAGAUCAUAACUAAGAUUGUCAAACAGCUCAGCAAAGACAUCCAGGUGCUGGAAGCCCAGAUUAUCGAGAGAGACAACCUUGCUGCAGGGACGUCUUUUGCAGUCAAGAGCUUGGAUCACAAGAACGCAGCGGGUAUUGGGGAUCUCAGAGGCAGAGUGGCAAGAUGUGAUGCUAGCAUUGCUAAACUUUCAUCAGACGUUAGUGCUGGAUGGCGGGACAUCCUUAAACUCCAGCAGGAAGUGAGUGAGUUACACUCUGGGCUGGAGCUGAAGCUAACAGACAUGGAGCUCAAGCUGUCUCAGGAUGUAGGAAAACUUGAAGUGUCACUGUCGGAGAAGUUCAUGUCUCAGAGGAACGCCACUGGAGAUUUACAGAAGGAGCUAAAACGACUGGAUCUGAAAAUCUCUUCAGGUCUGAGGGAGGUGGAGGAGCAGACAGUAAAACUGAGGAAGUGGGCAGAGAAGCAGAUGAAAACCACAGUUCAAUCACACACAGAGAGCAGCCAACAACUGCACACACUUCUGCAGAACAGAGUGGUUGAAGUGGACAGCAAGCUAAAGGAGAACAUGGCUCUUCUCUCUGGUCAUCUGGAGAGGCUGGAGGGGCAGUUGGAAAAGGUGCGAUCAUCUGACAGGACCAAGCGCUCAGAAAGCAAACUCAUCAGCAAGAUCAACACUUUGGAGCAGGGCUUCAGAGAAGAACUAGAGCAGAUGAGGAGGGAGUAUCAGUCAGGGUUCCAGGCGGUUCAUGAUGCCAUUGCAUCUCUGAGACACAUUGGCGACACCAAAGCCAAGCUGGACAAAGGAGAGCUGCAACAAAACAUCAGACAGAUCCAGAGAAACAUGGUAGGACUGAAGGAGCCCUGACUGGAUUAAUUAGAGAUAGAGGCGCAUCUCAAAAAAUUAGAAUAUCCUGGAAAAAGUUAAUUUUUUGUUUGUAACUGAAGCUUUCAUAUAUUCUAGAUUCAUUACAUGUAACGUAAAACAUUUCUAAACAUUUUAAGGAAAAUGUAAAACAUUUUUUUGUUUUAAUUUUGAUGAUUACAGCUUACAGCUCAUGAAAGUAAAAAAUCUAGUAUCUCAAAUAUUAGAAUAUUUCCUAAGAUCAAUCAAAAAACGGAUUUGCAAAACAGAAAAGUUCAAGUCCUUUUAAAGUAUGUUCAUUUAUGCACUCAAUACUUGGUUGGUAACACAUAUUAUAGCAAAUUUCUUGCUCCUAGCACAAAUUACAGCAUCAGUAAAGUGUGACGUAAGCGAUCAGCCUGUGGCACUGCUGAGGCACUACUGAGCCUUCAGAGUGUAUGCGUAUUGUUGGAUCGACUGUUUCUCAUCUUUCUCUUAAAAAAAUAUCCCAUAGAUUCUCUAUGGGGUUCAGGUCAGGUAUGUUGCCUGGCCAAUAAAGCACAGUAAUAUCAUGGCCAGCAAACCACUUGAAAAUGGUUUUUGCACUGUGGGCAGGUGCUAAAGUCCUGCUGGAAAAGGAAAUCAGCAUCUCCAUAAAGCUUGACAGCAGUUAGAAGCAUAAAGUGCUCCAAAAUCUCCUGGUAGACGGCUGCAUUGACUUGGGACUUGAUAAAACACAGUAGACCAACACUAGCAGACGUUACAGCACCCCAAAUCAUUACUGACUUCAGAAACCUCACACUGGACUUCAAGCAGCUUGGAUUCUGUGCCUCUCCAGUCUUCCUUCAGAUUCUGGGACCAUGAUUUCAACAUGAAAUGCAAAAUUUACUUUUAUCUGAAAAGAGGACUUUGGACCACUGAGCAACAGUCCAGUUCAUUUUUUCCUUAGCCCAGGUAAGAUGCUUCUGACGUUGUUUCUGUUUUAGAAGUGGCAUGGUAGACCUUUUCCUGAAGACGUCUCAGAUACCCAGAAUUUAUACUGUAGGGAUGGACAUUUAAUGAAACUCAAAUGUAAAUAUUCUAAUAUUUUGAGAUACUGGAUGCUUGACUUUCACAAGCUGUAAGCUCUAAUCAUCAAAUUUUUCAAACAAGUUACAAACAAAAAAUUAACCUUUUCACGAUAUUCUAAUUUUCUGAGAUGCACCUGUAUAUGCUGAAAUACACAACCUGUGUGAGAAGUAUGAUUCAGCAGAACAUAGGCAGAUGGACAAUACAAUCAAAUAAGCUCUACAUUUGUUUUCUAGAUUGGAAAAAAGGAUUUAGCCAGUUUGCAUGAGGUCAUUUCUUUUAAAUCUCUUUUUGCCGAACCAGACUUUAAAAUCAGAUUCUGAACAAUCACAGUUGAUGAAAUUCAAUCAAG